AUGCCGUUCGUCCCCUUUGUCGGAGUUAACAACCACCGUUGCACCAUAGUGUUUGGUUGUGCCAUCAUUGCUGACGAGACGGAAGGGACAUACGUGUGGCUGCUGCAGACAUUUAUGAAGGCAAACUGUCAGGUGAAGCCAAAGUCAAUAAUCACAGACGGUGACGCUGCAAUGAUCCGGGCUAUUCGGACUGUCCUUUCAGAUGUUUUCCAUCGUCUUUGCUCCUGGCAUAUCGAGAAAAAUAUGCAGAGGCACCUGCAUUACAAGUCACUGGAUGAGUUCAGAUCGCUCCUGUACUAUGCCACCUCUCAAGCGAACUUUGAGCAGAGAUGGAAAGCUUUCUAUGAUAAGUGGAAGACGGAUAGAACUGAAGAGUGGCUUGACAGGAUGUACAGGAAGAGGAGACUUUGGGCAGCUUCAUAUCUUUCCGAUGGGUUUUUCCUUGGUAUGCGAAGUAACCAGAGGAGUGAAAGCCUCAACUCCUGCCUUCACCUUCACCUGGACUACGGUAUGACAAUUGUUGAUUUGGUGGUGCAUUAUGAGAACUGUAUAGUUCGCCUGCGUGAGAACGAGGCGUACGAUGACUGUGAGGCAUUCCAGAAGGAACCACCGUCGGUUACUGAAUAUAAGGCCCUUGAGGAGCAUGCCGCCAAAGUAUUCACACCUGCUAAUUUCUACAUCCUGCAAGAUGAUUUGCAUAAGAUGGGUCAGCUGGAGAUAUUUGAGACGCUCGUGGGAAUUGGGCAUCAGACAUUCAUGGUGACAUGGAAGGAUAACCAUAAGUUCAGGUACAAUGUUGUUUAUGAACCAGCAAAUGAUCCCUUCUUGUUCGACGAGUUGAUGAAGUGUCUGGACAACAUAAUAGUGCAGAAAAAGAUUUCAGAGGAGGAACUUAUAGGAAGUAGAAGGAACUGGGCGUAG